AUGGCGGGCACCAGGAAACUUGAAUCUUGCAUUGCCUAUAGUCUGCGGCAUGCCAAGAAAGCUGGGUGGGAAGAGGUCGCCGAUUUCUUGUCCAGUGCUCUCUUUCAUGCAACGAAGUGCCGCAACCACAGACAUCCCGUUCGUCUCUACUCCGCAUUAGGGCUUGACAUGGAGCUGCAUGAGUCGCUCAACGGUGGCAAGAUCGAUGACCAUUUCUCUUCGCAACGAGGCACCGCAGUGGAUUCUGCAUCGCAGCAGUUGUUAGGCACUUCAGUGGACUCCGCAACACAGACUGUGGAAGAGGUUUUCACCAACGAUGAGUGUCAACGCAUUACGGAAGGCUUGGUUGAGAAAUUGAUGAAGCAAACCUAUGCCACGGUACAGUUGCUCUCGGACCGGUUACAAACUCUUGAAGGAAACCCGCCUGGUUUGGAAGCCACAUCGAGUUGCCAUGCUGUGGGUGCUGCGCGAGAUGCUGAAGCAAAUUCUUCAAGAUGCAUUGGUGCACACUUGGCUCAGGCAGUGCACCAACUCCCGUCUUCACUCUCAUCAAGAGUAUCUCUGGCAACAGAUGAUGCCCACGCCGUGGAACGAUUGCGCGAGGAGCACAUACUGAGGCGAAGAGCGAUGAAGGAGCAAAGACGACGAGCGCGACAACAGCAUAAUGACUAG